CUAUGAUUGGACAUGUGUAGUCAUACGUAAGAGUAUCGUCAUACCCGGAAGAAUGACAAUGGUUAUCGGUGUUGCUGACAUUUCUGGUAUCUUACUGCAAAGAGGACACAAGCGUUGGCGGGACCAAAAUGGCAUCCUACUUUGAUGAGCACAACUGUGAGCCCACCAACCCCGAGGAACAGUAUCGUCAGAAUGCACUGCUGGAAUUGGCCAGGUCUUUAAUGCAGGGCUUGGACUUAUUCGACUCGGGGGCGUUUGACCUGUCAGACUGGGACCACCGUCUUCCUCCUCCAGCUGCCAAAACAGCUGUUCAGACCCUCACCGUGGUCAUCAUUUCUCCAGAGCAAGCAGACAAAGGUCUCAAGUGUCCCGUGUGUUUGCUCGAGUUCGAGGAACAAGAGACGGUUCGAGAAAUGCCUUGCAAACACCUUUUCCACUCAGGAUGUAUACUGCCCUGGUUGGGCAAGACUAACUCAUGUCCGCUUUGCCGACUCGAAUUACCAACUGACAAUCCAGAGUAUGAGGAGUUUAAAAAAGACAAGGAGAGAAGAAAACAGAGGGAGCACAGGCUGGAAGACCUACACGGAGCCAUGUACACAUGACAUGACGGUGCAAGUUUGUGGAACAGUGACAUUUUACAGAACAAAAGCUUCAGGAAAUGCAUAAUGAUGCAGUCAUACCAUUUCGUAAAGAACACAAUUUCAAGCACAUUUUUCUUUACAAGAAAUUGUUGGCAAAAUGGCUUUCUAGCCAUUUUUUGACCAUCCAUCACUGGCAGCUCCAUCUAAAUAAAAUCCAAUGAUACAAAUACGUAACACAAAAAAAUUAGAGGAAUCUGGUGUGACCACAAAGCUAGCAUUUGUGGUCACCAUUUUUGAAAUAAUGUGUGACCGUUACUGUUAAGAGUAACAGGGUUUUCCUGUUCUCUCCGUUCAUUUGGCAUGGCAUGAAUGCAGCAGAAGCAACGGGAUCAUUAAAAAGUUAAAAAUGUUGGAUAAAUGCUCCUGUCUCACUAGUGGGGAUGAAUAUAUUUAAAGAUUAAUUAUGCGGUUUACAGCAGCCCUAAAACAUUUGUUAAGUCCAUUUAAAAACACAUCUGUUCAGCUAUAUUUGUCUUAUUAGCAUGAAUCAUUUAAAGAUGUGAGUAUUUAAGUGACUUGUUUUUCUAAAAAAAAAAUUUAAAUCUGAGAAGAAAGCGUGCAGUAUAAAUAAAUUCUAGGUACUCAUUAAAAAGAAAUCCAAAUCCAAAACCCACACUUUUAAAUUUUGAUGUUAGACCGUCUCUGUCUGGUAAACACCCACAUCUUUCAAACGCCAUGCCCCCGGUGUUGCAGGCUGUCUAUAGGCUUGUAGUCUCUAAGCCGAGGGACAAACACUAACCAGCAGUUUUUAUGUAAGCAAGUUAGCCAUUCUUUGUCCUCUUCUCUGCCAAACGUUUCUAUUUUAGAUCUAACAACACAAGACUAAUAACCAUAGUUUAGGGUGGUACUUAUACUAUUUCACACUGUAUAACAAGUACUGUAUGUGUUUUUAACAAGAAUGUACUGAGAAUUUUGUUGUGUAUAAGUUCACAAAAGGCCCUUUUGUUUCAAAAACCAACCCGUGCAAAAUAAUUUAUCAUUUUUAUUUCAUAUUUGAAUAUAAAUCUCUGUCAAAUGAAAAUACCUAAAUGAUAGACAAAUCAUACAUAUUUACAGAAUUUAUAAAAGGAAACGAUAAUCUGUUGACUUGUUUUCUGGGAUUUCUCAGACUCCAUUAGCAUUCUUUUACAUAUUUUUUUUCUAAUUGAGGAAACAUGACAUACAUUUUUAUAGACAGUUGCUGUUGCAAGAGUUCAAGACAUGUACAGGUCAGGCAGCCUUUUGUAAUAUAGGAUUCUCCCACCAAAGUGUGUACAUUUGGCAAAAAAAAAAAG